AAAAAAAAAGCAUGAUGAAUGCAAACGUUUGAUUCUUUAUAACGCGUUGAUUUUGUUCGUUCUUUCUCUCUAUAUAUAUACUCAUAUAUCCAUGAGACGACAUUCAUUUCUUGUGAUUUUACCUUGUUAUAUGAUUCUUCGUUGAAAUUUUUUUUUGUAUAUGCAUGUGAAUGAGUGGAACAAUAUUUGAGGCAUGUGCAUGAAAUAUACUUUUGUUUUAUAUAAUUAAUGGCUUUUUUUUCUUUUGUGUUGUAUAGCAAUCAAUUCGACAUUCACCAUCAACAGUAUCAGCAAUAUCAACAACUAAUCGAUCAUUAUUGAAUUCAAGAACGUAUCUUUCAUCAACAUCGGUACCACUUGAAGCUGAAACUGUUAGUGUUCAUGAUGAUGCACCCACAGAUACUUGGUUAUCUGAUUUCGAAACAAAACUUUCUAACAAUAUUAUUUAUGAUGAAUUUGAUUCAAUUCCACUCUCUCGUAUCAAUAGUUCAAAUCAAGAUGGACGAUUAGCUGAAAAUACUCGUCGUAAUCGUUAUGCUGAUGUCAUACCAUAUGAUGAUACACGUGUACGAUUAAUUCCAACAAAAGAUAAUCUUCAUGGUUAUAUAAAUGCAUCUCAUGUUAAAAUUCGUGUUGAAAAUACAAUCUAUUCCUAUAUAGCAGCUGAAUCACCAUUACCAUUAACAGUUUAUGAUUUUUGGCGAAUGAUAUCAGGUAGUAAUGUUCAUGUUAUUAUUAUGUUAAUUAAUAAUGAUCUUCAAUUAUGUGCAAAUUAUUUUCCCAAAACUAAAAAUGAAAAAUGUCGAACAGAUGAAUUUGAAAUCGAAUUAAUUUCUGAACAACAUCGACAAGAUUUUCAUAUAAGACAUUUACGUAUGAAAGUUCUUAAUGGACAACGAACAAGAACUAUUGUUCAUUUACAAUAUAUGGCUUGGGAUGAUGCGCAAUUACCACUUGAUACAACAUCAUUUAUUAAUUUUGUGAAUGUAGCGAAUAGUUUUCGAAGACAUUAUGGUGAAACAAAUCCAUUUCUUGUUCAUUGUACUGCUGGUAUUGGCCGUACUGGAAUUUUUAUUCUUAUUCAUGUUAUGAUUCAAUGUAUAACCUUUAAUAAAAAAGUAAGUGUAGCAAGUGUAUUAAAAGUAAUGCGCGAACACCGAAUGUCACUUAUUGAUCGUACAUAUUCAUAUGUUUUUGUAUAUCGUUGUCUUAUUGAUUAUCUCAAAUCAUCAAGACUUAUUUAA